AUGCGAUGUGGUGGCGGCGACAGGUUUGGGGGAGGCCGGUGGCUGGUGACACAAUGUGGCGGCGGCGACGAAAUGCUUGGGGUAGGCGGGUGGCCGGUGACGCAGUGUGGUGGUGGUGGCGGUUGGCUUGUGGGAGGUGACAACGACAGUGCCUCGCACGAGAGGCACGAGGAGAAGAAGGACCCGGAGCACGUAGGGAGGCACAAGGUGGAGGAGGCGGUGGCGGCGGCCGCCGACCUGUACGCGUUCCACGAGCAACACGAGAAGGAGGAGGCCAAGGAGCACAAGAAGUGCCAUCACCUCGUCUGA